AUGUGGGAGAGAUUCAAUGGAAGUAAAGUUGUCCGAGUCAAGUGGUUUUAUCAUCCCGAGGAGACGAAGGCGGGACGACGACCUUCCGAUGGCAAGGUAAGCUAAGUUUACUUAUUUUUAGAAGUUCAUGUGGUUUUUUUCACCGUUUAUUAUGCCUUAAUUCAAGGUCGUCAUGUUCCAAAAUUAUAUAAACCAGGGGGGUAGCCAGCCCCAAGCGAGUGGGGGAUCGAAUCGUCUGGUCGUCCAGGGGCAAUUUCAAAUCCAUUUUCGCAGUUUAAAAAAAACUGAAUUACAAUUGGAUUUACAUCAAAUAUGGUUAAUAAUUUAUAUGUUAAGACUAUACUGAAACUAUUUACAAUUUGGAUUGGGAUGCGUAAUUGAAAAUAUAAGAGGUUUUUAAUCUCUUCGUAUUUAUAAUUGGAAGUUUAUAUUUUCUCAACUCUCUAAAAUUAUGAGUUGGUAGAUUUUAUCCAGGUAAUAGAUGGUAAAGUUUAUGUUCUCUAAUAAAUUAUUUGUUUUAUGUUCUCUGUUAUCUUCGAUGGAAGUAAAAAGUUUUUGACAUAAUUUCGCUGACCUUGUCUUUUCCUUUCCCAAAUUCGAGUGCUAUAACAUCUUUUUUUCCACACAGAAUGGUCUAUACCUUUCAUCUCAUGUCGACGAAAACGAUGUCCAGACAAUCGCACACAAAUGCGAAGUCGUACAACUUCACGACUCGAAGAACCAUCGGAAUACAAAAUCGUCGACCGAUUCCGAUAGUGACGUCACGAACAAUAAUAUAUUCUGGUGCCUUGGCACCUACGACCCGCUCACAGAGACGUUCCCUUCCGAUAACGACUAG